GGAAGUCGAUGUUUGCGUACAAACAGCGCAUUUUGGCACGGAUAGUUUUUUAAUAUUUGUUUUUUAACAAUACAGGUGCUACAUCAAACGAAUGUAGGAUCUUGUAGCAUUUGAAAAAAAAUGAAUGACCCAGGCCUGCCUCUUUCAUCUUUGCGCCUCCUCGUGCCUCCCCUGCACCUCCUCUUAGCUGCUAUGUGGCAGCUGGCAAAAAACAAAGAUGUUUUAAACUACGAGAAGCUUCAGCAGUUUGUCAUCAUGGUGACUGAGGCUGUUCCUGAUCUGAUAAGCCGUAGACAGAAAGCCCAGCUCAUCCUGGGUCUAAGAGCAAGGCUGAUUCUGGAGUUGUGCAAAGGUUCCAGCUGUGGUUCUGUUGAUUCAAGAGUAAUUCAGCAACAUCUGGACAGACUUCCAGUAACCUCUGAAAACACAGAUUACAGAGAUGCAGAUGUCAAAUCGACAGAGGCCACUUUCAUCGCGCUCGUUCAAAGCCUCCUGAAGGAUCCAGUUGAGAGGGCAUACUUCUUCCAAGAGGUGUUCCCCGUGGAAUAUGGGCCACAGUAUGAUUCUGCGCUGCACGUGUUGUUGUGGGAGUUGUUGUCGAAACUGGAAAGGUUGCUUCCAGUUCCAGACCUCAAACAGACUGCGGCGUGGCUGACCUCUGCUAAUCCCAUGUUGGAGGAAUGUGUUCAGCGUGUGCCAGAAGAGCUCAGCUCCAUCGUCGAGCACUAUAAGAGAACGGGUUUGUUGAAAAUGCAGUAUGGCCCGUCAUCGACUGGUGGCAGUCGCAUCAUGUCUGCUUUAUCUAUUCCUCCCUCGCAAAAAGCAAAUCUCUCUGUUGGGUUGGAAUCGAUCCAUAACUAUGCUAAUGUGCUAAAUCCUAUCACUCUUGCUGGGGUUGACCAGUACAGCGUCGUGGCCAUCUACACCGAAGUGGAAGUAGGCGCGUCUGAGGUGGAUGAAGAAAUAAUUGGAUCAGCUGAAGUGGAAACGGACUUGUGUGGGUCAGAGAUAGUUGCUAUAAGUACAGAAAACACCGGCAGUGUGGAUGCUGUCGAGUCAAACGCAGAGGAAUCAAGUCAAAUUGUGGACGUUGCAAAAGCUUUGGAGACUCUGACUAACACGUUUGCAUUGAGGAAGGAAGCAGUUGGUCAAGAUGAUUUGACAGAAGAAAUUAAGGGUUCAACGGUGGCGUCAUGUGUGAGGGAUGAAUGUGGCUCAGAGGAUGCAGCUGAUGAACAAAGUGGUAAAGAACCAGCAGAGGUGGACGUGGAACCUGGAGGCAUCGAAUGCCUCGAAACGAAGGAAAUUCCAUCAUUCUCUGUGUGUGAAAUGGUGACAGACAUUUCCAGAGAAGAUCCUGUUGUAGCAACACAAGAGGUCACCGUCUGUGCUAAUGUGCAAAGAUUCAACUACUUACAAACCUCAGAAAGUUGGCAGGAGACGAGUCAAUCCAAGACAUCAUCUGACGAAAAUGGCAAAGAACCAGAAAUUAGAAGCACGGCUAAUGUCGCGGAUUACUCAUCUGUGAUAGCAGUCAGAGGAACAGACUCAGGUGAUUCAGAGGAGAUGACGUCGAUCAUCUUCACCUGCUCACAGUGUCCGUUCCACCAUUCAGAAGAAAACAGCCCUCCUCACUUCCACAUGCAGAGCGUGCGUACGGCCGUAUACAGGAAUCUCUCAGGAACCAAAUUCACACCUACUCCUUCCAGCUCAGAUGAAAUUUUUACAUCAAUUAAACUUUUUCCAAAAGGGAUCAUUGAGAAGAGCAAAGCUGAACAGCCUGAUAAUCAGAGCACAAAAGAAGGCGCUGCCACAGCCUCUCGGUCUGAAGGCAGGAAGAAGGCGCUCACAUGUCAAACCUGCGGUAAGACAUUCACCCGUACCUCAGAUGUAAGGAGACACCAGCUCACGCAUACUGGGGAGAGACCAUUCCACUGCUCCCAGUGUGACCGCACCUUCCAGCACUCGUGGGAUCUGGUCAAGCACGAGAGUAAACAUCACGGCAUUGCCGUCUCUUUCUCCUGCCAGCUGUGCGACACCUCCUUCAUCAACCUCAGAGCGCUAACCAUCCACCACAAAAAGUCUCACUCUGGAGACGACCAGCUUCCUCAGAUCUGCUCCAUCUGCAGCCAGAGUUUCGCCAGUCCCUCUGAGCUGCUGGACCACAAAAAGUCCCACGGACCCAGGCAGCGCUACAUCUGUCAGCAGUGCGGCGAAGGCUUUGAGACGCUGCUUGCGCGCUCCCAGCACCGGCAGACGCACUGGGUCAAGCAUCAGUUUAAGUGCCCUCAUUGUGAGAAAACAUUCACUCGCAGGUCCGACGUGAAGAGGCACCUGUCCACCCACACGGGGGAGCGCCCCUACAAAUGUACCCAGUGCAGCAAACAGUUCUCGCACCGCUUCAUGCUGAAGAAGCACCUCCACGUUCACACCGGCGAGCGGCCUUUCCAGUGCUCCCACUGCCCCAAGAGGUUCACCCUGGUGUCCAUCCUGAACAGGCACGAGAGGAUGCACACCGGGGAGAAACCAUUCCUCUGCUCCCAAUGUGGGAAGGGGUUUCUCUCCCAGGGAGAGCUGUUGAAGCACCACCGGACACACCGGGACGACAGGCCCUUCUCCUGCCCUCAGUGCGACAAAUGCUUCAAAAGCAAGAAAACUCAGCAGGAACACAUCAUCUCCCACACAGGCGCUCGCCCGUACCCAUGUGCCUUCUGCGGGAAAUGCUUCACUAAACCCUCCGCGCUAACCAGGCACAAUCUCAUCCACACGGGAGAAAGGCCGUUCCCCUGCAGCCACUGCGAAAAGACAUUCCUCACCCUCAGCGAAGCUCAGCUCCACCAGCGCAUUCACACGGGAGAGAAGCCGUAUCCAUGUACCAUGUGCGAGCUCAAAUUCAGGAGCUCCUCAAGACUGGCAAAACACAAGCGCAGCCAUUUAGAAAGCCAGACCACGAGCAGUGUAUGACGGCGUUCACCUCCAC